UCCCAAGGAAUGCUUGCACUCGCCCGGUUAUGAGGCUGCUGCCUUGGCUCACACAACUCAUGCUUGCUACCUCCUAGAGCACCACCACCACUCCACUUACCGCUGCGCGUGCCGUGAGUCGCGACCUGAAUCACGGUGGUAAGCCGUCUGCAGUGACACGACGGUUGGGCUUCGUCCCGCUCAUAGAUAUCGCUUUGCGAGUGGGAGGUGCUGCUGCGCCAUCUCAUCUCACCCCUGCGCUCUCACGCCGCCCACCGCCUGCCGUUCAUGUCGACUCUUCGAGUCACUUCCACGGGAUUGCGGGCUCCACGGUCGGUGAAUCUCGACCAUGCGACGAUUCAGACGCGCCCGUGCUUGAGACUGCGUCCAGCGCCACCAGCUCUCAGCGCUUCCCGCCAUCCACUAGCGCUGCUGCCGCGUCGCCCGAAUGGCCUCCCCUCAUCGUAUCGCAGCGGCUUGCAGCGGGUAUGCGCGGAUUCGAGAGGGAGCGGGAGUCACGAGUGCGCGGAGGAGCGAGUAGACGCGGAGAGAGGGGUCGCAGGAGAGACAGCGGAGGCUGCUGUGGGCGACUCGCACGGCGAAGAAUCAGCACCACCACCACCCACAUCCCCCCUCCUCCCCGCGUCCACGGCGCUGCUCUCCGCGGCGUUCCUCGCCUUCUCCCCCCUCACGGGCGGGUUCGACCUGGAGGGGCCGGGGUCCGUGCUGCAAGCUUUGGGCGUGCUGGCGCUGAUCGUGGCGGUGCACGAGGCGGGCCACUUCCUCGCCGCGCGGUGGGUGGGCGUGCACGUGACCAAGUUCUCCAUCGGGUUCGGCCCCGUGCUGGCCAAGUACCAGGGCAAGGGCAAGGACGGCAGCACGGAGAGGGGCGUCGAGUACGCCGUCAGGGCCUUUCCCCUCGGCGGCUUCGUCGGCUUCCCCGACGAUGACCCCAGUGAGGAGGCGGUGUACCCCCCUGACGAUCCCGACCUGCUCAAGAACCGCCCGCUCAAGGACCGCGCUCUGGUGAUCAGCGCUGGCGUGAUUGCCAACAUUGUGUUCGCCUACGCGCUGCUCUUCACCCAGGUGAACACAGUGGGUCUCAUCCAGCAGGUCUACCAGCCCGGAGUGGUGGUACCUGACGUGGUGUACGGGUCAGCAGGCGAGAGAGCGGGGCUGCUGCCAGGCGACCUCAUAGUGGCGGCAGACGGCACGCCGCUACAGCCGUCCAACACUGCCGUCUCGGACCUCGUCAGCUACAUCCGCUCCAAACCGGGGCGCCCCAUCACCCUCGACGUGCUGCGCUCCGUGCCGGCGCCAGCACUGAGGGGCGGGGAAGAGGGGGAAGAGGGGGAAGAGGGGGAAGCGGGGGGAGCGGUGGCAAGGGAGGGGGAGAAGCGGGUGGUGAGUGUGAGGGUGGUGCCGGACGUGUCGUUCCGCGACGGGUCGGGGCGCAUCGGCGUGCAGCUGGCGCCCAACUCCUUCCAGACGCAGGAGCGCGCGGACAACCCCCUGGAGGGGGCGGUGGCAGCGGGAAAGGAGUUUGGGCGACUGAUGGGCGCGGUGGUGGACGGGCUGCAGCAGAUCCUCUUCAACUUCGGGGACACCGCCGACAAGGUCUCCGGCCCCGUGGCCAUCGUGGCGGUGGGGGCGGAGGUGGCGCGCACCAACAUCUCGGGGCUCUUCCAGUUCGCCGCCAUCGUGAACCUCAACCUGGCGGUGGUGAACCUGCUGCCUCUCCCUGCUCUAGAUGGCGGGUACCUGGCGCUGCUGGCGGUGGAGGCGGUGCGCGGCGGCAAGAAGAUCCCCACGGAGGUGGAGAGGGGCAUCAUGUCGUCGGGCUUCCUGGCGCUGCUGGGCGCUGGUAUUUUCCUCAUUGUCAAGGACACCAUCAACCUGGGGUUCAUGUGACCACGGUGCCACAUCCAUAUGCCGCAUAGCGGGUGCUGCCUUGGGUGCCUUGCGCGCUGCACUCAUCCAGGUGCCUGCGGUGCUGGGGCAAGCUGUGAGCUCUACAUGACCUCAAAGAGUAGAGUACAUAGUACUAUGCAUGCCAAACAGAGAAGGAAUGGUCGGCCCUGUUUUCGCACACCAAUGCACCUGUUAUUUACCAUAUGGUAAGAGUACAUCCUA